AUGUGUGACAAUUUGUAUGGUAGAUUUUUACACCCAGGAUAGUAUUUGUCCCGCACCCAAAGUUUCCUAGAAACCGCCCCACGCUCGGCCUCCCCUCCCGCUCCCUCCAAAAAGAACUCCAGAUAUUAAUUGCUUCAAAUGCAGGAUGUUGAGGUUUUUGCGAUAACCGAGCAGCCUGUCAGCAUAUUCGGGGACUUAGUUACCAUGAACCAGACCAUGUCAGAAUGGACACUAUCACACGAAAAAAAUCCGAACUUCCAGCGGUGUUGGAGGCUGCAGAACUGCGGUGAUUGCUUAAGCAAGGAAAAGGAUUGUAGUUGGUGUCCACUCGUACGUUGAAAUCCCUUCUCCCGUGAGGCUAUCUGUCAAGGCCUCAAUUUAUUUUCCAAUUUUAUUUUUUCUUUCUUUUUUUCUUCUUCUUCUUUUUUUUUUUUUUUUUUUUUUUUUUUUU